CUUCGGUUUAGAUGAUUCAAGUACCUACUCGUGUAUUUAAGUAAAGUUAAGGAUUGAUUUGGCAUAUUUUUAAUCAGUAACUGAACUAAAUAGUAAUUGAAUCACUUUUAACUUUAAAAAAAUGUCUGGUUUACUCGUUGGACCCAUUAACGCCCAAGAAGAAUGGAGCAAAUGGAAGGUAAGUUUGAUUUUUUUUGCCGAACACGGAAAAUCCUAUGAAUCUGAGGAAGAGGAGCAAAAACGCUUCAAAAUUUUCGAAAGUAACGUAAACGAAAUCGCCGAGCAUAAUAGGAAAUUCCAAGACGGCCAAGAGACGUAUAGCAAAGGGUUAAAUCAUAUGGCCGAUUUAACCCCCGAAGAAGUACCGAAGGGUGGAAUGAUGAUGGGCAUGGCUAUGCGUAGAUAGAUUUAAAGCUCGUCUCUUUAGGUUAGGCAGUAAUAUAAAUACGUUUUAUUAAAUUUUUGUUUUUUAUUUCAA